GCAUACAUAACAAGGGUUACGGUAUUUUCAACAUGUUGACUAAUCCUCGGAAACAGUGUUUUACACGACCGUGUCAUCGCGAACGAAGUAUGGUCCACACACAGUAGCCGUAUCAUCGAGAAAAAAGAAUGGUCCAGAGACAGUAGCCGUAACAUCGAGAAAAAAGAAUGGUCCAGAGACAGUAGCCAUAUCACCGGGAGAAAAGGAUUAUCUACAAAUAGUAGGAGCAUGAUUGAGAACAAGGUAGUAUCUACACGGACAUAGGUCGGUAUCAAAAGGAUUUAGUAUGAACGGAAGCCUGAGCAAGUCUAUUGGCAGAUAAGCAGCACACUGCCACACCGAGACGCAGUGUACGGUCAGACCAUGGGGACGAGAGGCCGUUGUAUUAGAGCAGUGUCGUUUGUCGUCAGACACUGGUCUGUCGUGGGGGCGCUGCUUGCUCCCAUCGUUCUUCUAUGUAUGUUUAAUAUAGAAUACGCCAGCUACAAAAUUCCAGUGAGACUGAAUGUCCAUUCGUCGGAUGUUAAAUACAUCGAACACGUGUUACAUACCAUUCACAUUCCUCCAGUUGAGAUCACAAAGAAUGACACUGACCAUAACACGCUAAACAACGUGUCUAUGACAGAAAUGGAGACCGAAAAACGCGAAGUAGACGCUAUCAGGAAAAAAAAACCAUACGCUGUUCCGCAACUGAUGAGACUGAGGCGAGGGGCAAAACAACGAGACAUCAAAGCUUACAGACAGUACUUAAACAAUCUGGAUAUCAUGAGCAUAAGUAACCCUGCAUUCUUAAGUGACUAUAAAAACCCAUGUUGGAAGGAAGCACAACCAACGCAAAGACAUUCGCCGAUUCGAGCCACUACGAUUCUGCGCUGCUUGCCGUACUUUAUUUUCAUUGGUCAACCCAAAUGUGGUACUACUGGCAUAUACAAUCGUCUUGGAAAACACCCGGAUGUGACUUUACCUGGCCGCAAGGAACCCUUUUGGUUCAACAGGAAACGGUUUUUUCAAGUCAGUUCCUCGGUUUCAACGUAUUUGGAUUUUUUUCAAAGAAAUGCCGAAACUAUCGAGAGAAGUGUGAGGGGAAAUAGUUCCACGAGUCUACAGUUUCAUCACAUGGUUACAGGUGAAGGCAGUGUUGACAUCAUGUGGGACAACCAUCUGUGGCAGGAGCUGCCCCGCAACAACAAGUGUACAGAGCCAUGUCUUACUAACGCCGACUACGUACACCACCUUAACCCUGGCACCAAGAUCAUUGUGUCACUCAGGAAUCCAGUAGACAGAGUCUAUUCCGACUACUUAUUUGAGCACAUAUACCUCAAAUACACGCCAGAUAGACUGGGCUUUCACAAACGGAUCAUUGAGGCCAUUUAUCGUUUCAAAGGUUGUUUGAAACAUUAUUCCCUAAGGCGCUGUAUUUACGACUCAAAGUUGGAGAAUGCAGUGUCCAUUGUUCGUCCAAUCAUUGGAAUAUACCACGCCUUCCUCGAGGAUUGGUUGAAAGUGUUUCCACGUGACCAGGUACACGUGAUCAGGUUUGAGGAUUACGUCGCAGACACACGUGGAGAGAUGAAAAAACUGUUUGACUUUCUUUCUCUGAGUAAACUGUCUGAAUCUGAAUGGAUGGACGUUCUUGGCAAAACACAAAUCAACCAGAGGCCAAAGUCCAGCCGCAACAUCGGCAAUAUGAACAAUGACACCAGGACGAUAUUAGAGGAGUUCUAUGAACCUUAUAACCAGAGACUUGCCCAACUUCUAGAGGACGAAAAAUAUUCAUGGAGAGAUUUAAAGAGCCAAGCCGGUCACCCACUGCUCCCCAGAACGGCCGACCCAAAGCAUUCGCGACGGAACCGACUGACCCAGCUAGAGACAGGAAGUGAUCGUCCUUUAUGAAUGUUUGGGAGAAUGUCUGAAACAAAUAUAGUUGAUCCAGU